AUGGGCCACCUCAGCGUCCUUCUCUUCCUGCUGGGGGCCCUCGGGGCCCUGGCGGAGCGCUGUGAAAUGCCACAGGUGAACAGCAAGCUGGUGGAGAUGCUGGGCCAGCGCCUCUUGCCCUGGAUGGACCGGCUCUCCCUGGAGGAGCUGAACCCCAGCAUCUACGUGGGCCUGCGCCUUUCCAGCCUGCAGGCUGAGGCCAAGGAGGCCCUGUACCUGCACAGCCUCAAGGUCCACUACCAGCAGAGCCUCCUGGGGUCUGCCACUAGCGACGGAGAGGAUAUUGGUGACGUCCAGGUCAAGCCAACCAUGGGUCAGCUGGCCCUCUACCUGCUUGCUCUCAGAGCCAACUGCGAGUUCAUUGGUGGCCACAAGGGGGACAGGCUGGUCUCACAGCUCAAAGGGUUCUUGGAGGAGGAGAAAAACGCCAUUGGGCAUACUCACAAGGGUCAACCUCACACGAGCUAUUACCAGUACGGCCUGGCCAUCCUGGCGCUGUGUGUCCAUCAGAAGCGGGUCCAUGACAGAGUGGUGGGCAAGCUCCUGUACGCUGUGGAACACGACCAGCCUGUGCACCGGGGACACCUCUCUGUGGAUACAGCAGCGAUCGCAGGCCUGGCCUUCACCUGUCUGAAACGCACUGACCUCAACCCUGAGCAGAGAGAACGGCUCACCUUGGCCAUCACGACAGUAAAGGAGAAGAUCUUGAAUGCCCAGACACCUGAGGGUUAUUUUGGGAAUAUCUACAGCACCCCACUGGCCCUGCAGAUGCUGAUGACUUCCUCCAUGCCCAACGUGAGACUGAGUCUGGUGUGCCACAAGGCAAGGGAUGCCCUGCUGACCAGUCUCCAAGGCAGAGGCUUCCAGAAUGUUCUCAUGCUUUCCCAGCUGUUGCCUGUCCUGAACCACAAGAGCUAUGUGGAUCUCAUCUUCCCAGACUGCCUGGCACCAAGAGCCAUAUUGGAACCAGCUACUGAGACUCCUCCGCAGCCCCACGUCUCAGAGGCCAUCCUGGUCGGACUGAAGGUCUCCAGUUUCUCUCCACCAUACAAGUACUCUGUCCCAGUCACUGCUGGAGCCUCCUUGGAGGAUGUCCUGAAGGAGGCCCAGGGCCAAGGAUUCACGUUUGGAACCCAGGCUUCCUUGUCUGGCCCCUACCUGACCUCUGUGAUGGGGAAAGAGGCUGGAGAAAGGGAGUUCUGGCAACUCCUCCAAGAAAAUGACACCCCCCUGCUGCAAGGUAUUGCUGACUACAUACCAAAAGAUGGCGAAACCAUCGAGUUGAGGCUGGUCACCUGGUAG